GUGCUGGCUGGCGUGUGCAACAGUUCGCAGCUGCCCAUCUCGGCCCGCUCGGUAUAGUCGGCCUGUACGGCAAAGAAGUGUAGUCAGUUUGCAUACCAGUUGGGCCUCACGGUGCAAAUGCAACACAAAAAUGCAAAAGUCGCGGUGUGUGUGCGCGUUGUCAGUUUUUGGCACGCUGCAUUGAACGAGCCUUGCUUGAUAAGCAUUGCUUUGUGUGAGAUAAAAUUAAAGAAAAAUACUUGUAUUCUGAUAAGAAGUGAACCAGGAGGUACAAAUGGUCAGUACUUAUUACCAUUUUGCUAACACUUGCUAGUUGCACGCAAGGAGUAGACUGAAUCUAGUUCCCUGGCCGGUGAGUUGACGCAUACGCAGAGCGUUGAUGGUGGGAAAAUUAAUUCGGCCCUUACUUACCCCCUCUCCCUCCCCAGGCCAGUUUGUAUUCAGAUAGGAAGAAAGAGGAAGGAGACCUUCCGAGGCGACAGAGCGAAGAGUGGAGCUGUUCAUCCCUUCGUCGAGCCGUGCCUGCUGAAGAACGGCGCCUUGAGUUGUAUCUCGGUCGAGGGUGUGAAGCCUGGUCCAGCUUGCUUCACUGCAGGAGAUGCAAGGGGCCUGGCCAGUUAGUGGUGGUCUCAGCGGGCGAUCGUCUGGUUCGGCUAGCGGUGUAGUCGAUGGGGAUGUGUUCACCUUGCCGGCCGACAUCGGCAGGAUGCCGAAGUGCGGCCGCAGCACCUUGAACAGCGCCUUCUCGGCGAAGGACAUGGCCUUUGCAGCUGAGGAGAUGAGUGCUAGAGAGCUUGGGUCGGUAUUUGACAUUGGGCUGGCAGGGGUUGCUAAGGUUGACAUGUUCACGCAUUUUAACCGAGACCACUCGUUUUUCUUGCUGCAAUGUGUCGACUCCAACAAUGGUAAGUUAGUGUUGGGUCAUGGUAGAUCUGUUCCUGUAAAUGGAUCGAACAUGAGCUCCAUCCUUGGCCUGAAGGAAGGUGGAUCUGUAGAACUAGAGCACAUAGACGGUCCUCCAGAGGCAGAGGAGGUGUAUGAUGCAAGGUUGAUGCUAGGGCUGAGUCUGGGCAACACUGAGAUUGACACGGUUGCUCUGGUCAGUAUUGUGAAAGAAGAACACCCAGCUGAACCAGAUGAGUAUCAUGUGAACAGAUUCAAGCUAGCGUAUGCGAUGCUAGCUGUUUCUGUUUUCUUCAGGCCAGGUGGUAAGAGGUGGCAGGUGCCUCGUGAUGCAUAUCUCCUUGCGGCCAUGAUUCCAGACCUUGGAAACAUAAACUGGGGUAAUUAUGUUGCUCGUGGCAUCAUCGAUGGUUCGUUCCAAGUUCAGAAGGAGUUGGCUAACCGGAGCAGGGGUCACAGUGUGUAUGGAUGCCUAUAUGCUUUAGAGGUGCUCUACUUCGACCAUGUUGCUGGUGGAGCUUAUGCAGUUAACCCAGGGCUCCUUCCAAGAGUGAUGCAGUAUGGCGCGGCGAGUAUAUCAAUGCUGAUAAGGCAAGACACACUUAACCUUGCUACCGAGAAAGUGUAUGGCAUGUUCAUGCGGAACUUCAGUGUCGCCCCGCUCAUCCAGUCACGGGGCAUAAGAAUAGGGCUGGGGAGUGUGGCUCCGUCAGUGGGCCGUAUGGGCAUUGGCAUCCAUGGGGUCGGGGACUGUGGUAGUGUAGCAAGCGGGACAAUACCGGCAGUGGCAGCACCAACCAGUGAGCAUCGGAAUGUACAGGUUCUGCAGGUUAGCAUCGAAGACGUGCCGAAGCUAGUUAGAUCGACAGAGGAUUGGCUCAAGGAUGCAAUGGCAGCGGAAGAAGUAAGGAGCAAGGAGCGGACAUCAAAGUUCUAUGCUGCUUUAUCGGAUGACAUCCAGAUGAACGAUCCCCAUGUGAUCGACAAGGUAGAUGCCCACGAAAAGAAGGAGGAGUGGUUAACGUUAUUCCAUCUCAAGAAGAUGCUUGAGCACCUGGUUGAAAGAGGCGUCGGCCAGUAUGUACCUGGACUCCUAGAUAAGCUGGCGAAGAUAAACAGUUCUGUUGACGGUACAACUGCAGGAGUGGUAUCUGCAUGUGUCCGUAGCGGUCUACCUAUAUGUGACAUGCCAGGAGCAGUCAUGCAAGGUGAUGGAGGGACUCCCGUGGCUCGCGGUGUGCAUGGGAGGGGCCAGGUCGGUGCUAGCUGCGGUGUGUUUGCGGCACACCAGGGGUGCAUAGAGUUGCUGGCUCGUGUAGUGGUGUGCAGGUUACUCAUGGUAGUGGUAGCACAAGUUCUGGGGUUCAGGUGAGUGAAUGCCAUGU